CAGUCACGAUUAUCCUACAGCCGGCGAAACCAACGGUCAGAUCCGUCGUGAGGGGAUUUCGCGAAACCCAUUCGCCGAGCUAGUCAGUACAUACUUGUCAAUGGUAACAGUCGCAGGCCCCGAAUUCGCCGCGGCAUGCAUUUGGCGACGAAAAUGAAGCCCCAACAGGGUGAGGCGUCUCGAGCACGCACGAAACUGAAUCUCGAUCAAACGUUCAUUCGCCAGAUCCGUCGCGAGCUGCCCUGCGAUGGCCUUGCGAAAUGUUUCUCCGACGCUGGUCGGUGGGCUUGUUCAAUUUGUUGGCGGGAACGCAGCUCAGGCGCCUCGAGGACGCACGAAUCUGAAACCCCAGUGGAGGCGCCUCGAGACUGCCUGCGGCGAACCUUCUCUGUCAUUUCGAACCCCUCUGAUUCCAUCUGACGUGGCGUGCAACGCAGCGGACAGCAAGGCAGGCGAUGGAUGAAACCCCAAUCUGGGGCCAGUGGAAGCAUCUGAAGCCUCGAGGCUAGGGUUUGAGCGGCCGAGGGUGGAGUGGAGUAGAAAUGGGCUCGCGAGGGAUCGAUCUUGUCAUUCUCAUCGUUGGUUCAACACUUUUAGUACCCCUGCUCUUCAACUGCUGAAAGCGCAACUCUCAGCAUUGCGAAAUCUGACUGAAAGCCAAGCCGACUUCAGCUACUUUUUCCUGAUCCCAGGACUGUACAUCGGUCAACAAGCUUCUGUUCAAGCAAUCUGCUCAACUACAAUCAACUAACAUGGCCUCUGGUGCGGAUCGCUGCGUCGUUAGCGGCGGAAUGGCGAAGACCGUCAACGCUGCUUCGCCAACCUCCAGUCCUGCAACGCCUACCAGAGGCAUUGGCAGGUUCGGCACGCCUCGUACGGUUUUCUCUCCUGCUGCAUACUCUCCUGCGAAAUCUGCCUUUGAGAAAGUACCAGAUCUGAAACUCCCUGCUGCUGCGUGCGACGCCAAGACGGCGACCAACACCAGCGACUGUGUCAGCUGCUGCAGCAGCGUGCGUCUGAAGAGCGUGAGGCCCCUGCUGGAGAAUCUGGCGAAGCAGAUGCAGGCGUCUUCCUCCCAAGACCACUCUGAUGCUGAUCGCCUUCAGAAGAUAAAGAAGGUUCAGAUCACUGACUCAUCGGACGUUAAGAGGCCGGGAAUUGGCCGGUUUGGAGGGAAGGCUGCGGCUGCUCCGGUUGCACCAUCUGCUGUGGUUACGCCUGUGGCCGUGGUUCUGGUGUCGCCUGUGGUUCCUGUGGCUCUGACUGCAUCAACGAUGACGGAUACGAGCGUGACUCCUGCAGCUGCAGCAGCAGUGCUUGUAGCGGAUGCUGCUGCACCACCAGUGAACCCAGUUGAGAGCGCGAACGCGUGCAGCAGCAACGGGCUGAGGGUGUCUGGUGAGGCGAGUGGAAGUGUUCCCCGCUCACGCGAAGAGAGGGAGGCGAGCUGGAAGAAGCUGUGUGAGGAGAUCUGGGCCAUGGACAUUGAGAAGACCAAGGCAGCCAUGCCUGACUGGAUAGUGGCCAAGUAUGCUAAGGAUGUUGCGAAGCUGGCUCGGAAAAACGUCCCUGUUGCAUCUGCAGCAGCAGCGAGUGUAGCAGAAUCAGCUGCACCAUCAUUGAGCCCAGUGAAGGAGUUGGUUGCGCCAUCGGUGAGCCCAGCUGCGGAGACGGUUUGCCAGGUGCAGUCUGAAAGCAGGUCAGGCAAGAACGAGUUGAGCAGCAACGGGCUUAUCAUGUGUGGCGAGGCGAGUGGAAGGGUGUUGCGUACACAUGAAGAGUGGCAGGCCAGGUUCGACAAGCUGAGCAAGGAGGUACGGGCCAUGGACAUUGAGAAAUCCAAAGCGGCAAUGCCAGACUGGAUUGUCGUCAAGUAUGCUGAUGCUGUGGCAAAGCUGACUCGCACAAACGUGGCUUCCGCGUCUGCAGCAGCGGCACCUGCAGCAGCAGCAACUGUUGCAGAGUCUGAAGCCCCAUCUGCUGCAGCAGGAGUAACGAAAUCACACGCUGGUGCAUCAUCAGUGAAGGGUGCUGCACCAUCUGCACCAUCUGCGAGGCAAGGCAAGACCAGCAGCAGCCAUGCGAGUGGGGUGGAGAGGAGAGAGGGGGGUGGGUGUGGGGAGAGAGCAGCAGGGAGGGCAGCAGGUGGAAGGCAGGCUGCUGUGAAGGCAGCAGGUGGGAGGGGCGGUGGCAGAGCAGUGGCAAGUGGUGUGUGUGGCAGGGAGGGGGUGAAACAGCAGGCGGGGAAGAGAGAAGGCUUGGCGCAUGAGAGGCAGGUGAGGCCAGGCUGGUGCAGCGGCAGGGCGCACAGAAGGUCGUCCUGAAACUACUGUGUUCGGUUUGGCACAAGUCCCAGCUGCUGUUGGGAAUAAAUGUGUUGCUUGUAGGCAGUAUAUGCCAAACUGCAGUAUUUGUGUAUGUACAUAUCCUAUGACAUUGUUACUAGUACUCACUCCUAUGUUGAUAUUUGUAAGCCUCAGAUGCAUGUAUAAAGCAUAUCCGUCCUG